AUGGCCCUUACUACAGUGCUCUGUGUACUAGCUAUGCUGCCGCUGCAAGGGGCUUUUCAAGAGCCUGGCAUUGAAAACAUCACAGUGGUGGAGGGCCAGAAUUUGGAUUUGCAUUGUGCUGAUGCAGGAAACAACCAUUCUGCUCUGGAAUGGAAAAACCCUCAUUGGUUUGUAAUUUUUUUCAAAAACAAGCGAGGACUAAGAGAUCAGCGGUAUCAACUUAUUCAUUAUUCAAAGGACAGUUUAUUUAUUCGUCUCACCAAUGUAACCACACAUGAUGAAGGGCUAUACACAUGUUCCCUCGACAGUGUGCCAGUCCAAAGAAAACAGGUGAAUGUCUUAGCUACUCCCUCCAAUCCUCAGUUGGAAGAACUGAGAGCUCGCCACACAGGAGAAAGGACCAUCCUAAAAUGCUCAGUCUGGGGUGGGAAGCCCCGUCCUCAGAUUACUUGGCUACUGGAGAAUGGGGUGGAACUCUUUGGUCGCACCAAACAUCAACUGGAAGACAGCGGAAAGAAAUACAACUCAACCAGCAUUCUCAAAGUCCACACUUGCAACCAGAAGUUUGCCGUUACUUGUGUAAUUCGUCACAAAACUCUUGGAGGAGGAAACUUAACAAUAACUCUCAACCUUGAACGUAUCAAGUCUACAACAGACUUCAUUCCAACCAUGCCCAACUUUGUUAUGUCAACCUCGGAGAACCCUCAGCAUUACACAGAAUCAAAAAAAAUAUUAAAUGUAACAGAAGGAAGCUCUUAUACACAAACACCAUCCCCAAGCAAUGGAGCAACAACUCAAAAUUCAAAUGCAAACAGGGAUUCAACAGGAUCAGACAAAAUAUUGAAUGUAACAGAAGAAAGACUGAGUACACUAACACCAUCCCCAAGCAAUGAAGCAGGAACUCAGAAUUUCAAUAUCACCAAUGAAACAGUCAAAAUAUGGAACAUAACAGAAGGAAUCCCUCAAACGCAAACACCAUCUGUAAGCAGUGGAGCAGCAACUUUGAAUUCUAAUGAAACCCACAGUUCAAACAAAACAUUAAAUGUAACAGAAGGAAAGUCUGCUAUGCAAACACCAUCUCUAAGCAAUGAAACAGCAACAUGGAAUAUCUCUAAUGGAACAAACUUUACCUACAAAGAAAUUGUGAAGAGAAAGCCAAACGUUUUGCUCCCAGUCCUCGUCGCUGUGUUACUUUCUGCUCUUUUCAUCAUAGUCCUCCUCUUCAUAGCAAAACUCUGGAAGGCACACAGAGUAUGGAAGAAUGAAAAUGAUGCUUCUGAACAGACAUUGGAGAGCAAUCGUUCCAGACCAAAUGAAGACAAUAACAGACAGAACAGAGAAUAUACAGCCUGUUGGAAAACCAGUAAGAACUAUGUAAUUCGUGGAUCAUGUACAAGGACAUCCAAACGUUCAGAAGAGAGUCAAGAUUCAUCCGUCUUUGAGAAAAAGAUGCCAUAUAUUAAAGAAACAGACCUUUAACCAUCAGCCCCUGUUGCCAACAUUGGAUUAUGUACAAUGGCUCUAUGUUUCAUUUUCUCUCUUUAUUCUGCAAGUACAUCAUCCUGCAAAAAUCUAUUCCAAAAAAUCAGUAUUUUCAACUGAAUUUCAGAGCAGCAGGACCAGCUCAUCCAUGUGGGAUUCUGUUUUGGACAGAAUCCCACAUUGCAACCAAAACAACAACAUUCUUGGGAAUCUGCUACUUUUGUACGUUAUUUAAGUUAGUCAAUGUCUUUCAUGUCAUAAGAUGUCUUUAGAAUUUAUGUGACUGUUUGGAUUGCUCAAAGCACAACCUGUCAUCCCAGCCAGUUCUCACAACCACCAUGUAAUGUUGCUCCGUUAUUUAUUUAAUUUAUACCCUGCUUUUCUGUGUUACAUAUACUCAAAGAGGCUCACAAGUUUAGUUUAAGAAAUUAAAGACAAUAAAAACAACCACUAAAAAAAAAAA